UAAAGAAGUACUAACUGGAAUACUGACACAUUUGACAUAAAGCUUCUAAGAAUUAUUGCGUCAUUCUCUGUUAAAUCGACAAAAACUGACAUGCUACAAACCGUUGCCGUGCCUUAUUCAGUGGAAAUUCUAAUCUAAAGGUUGGGCAUCUUUGAUUCCAAAUACGAAUCCAUCAUUCAAAGUUGGACGAUUUCUUGUUAUAUAAGUGUACCUUGUAAUUCCUUGUGUUAAAAUAGUUUUCUUUGCAAGCCAAUUCUUUGUUAACUCAUUCUACUGUACCUCUGAGGAGCGUCGAUGAUACGGAUGACGAAGAUGUCUUGCAUUUGAAGGAUGCUCAAAACCUUCGUGGUAUAUGAGCAUGUUACAAUUCAUCUCAUUUGAAGGGAAUCUGUAGCAAAAAAAACACACAAAAAAAACCCAGUACUACUAUCUAUGCAGCUUCGAUGACAGUGACGACUAACAGAGAUUGCAUUUGACGUGAAUUUGUAGCAAAAAAGUAUUACUGCUAUUUGAAAAGGACAUUGAGACCGCAUUGUAGAGUUAUCUUCUCCUGUUCCUAAAGCUGAGAACAAACAUAUCAUAAGUUAGCAAACAGCGACAGUUGAAUUUUAAAACCCUACAUCCGUAGUCUUCUGGGUAUUAAAACCGUAUCAACGGAAACCAUGACUAGGAAUUCUUAUUCGGCUCCCAUCGUUGCCAUAGAGACCGUUAUCGCUGUUAGACCAUCGAGGGUGAUUGCGGUCCUGUGUGGUUGUAUAUCCAUCAUGUUGCUCAUGUUGUCAAUAGCAGCCACCACGUGGUUAGAAGCAGACGGCCGCCGUGAAGGAUUAUGGGAACUCUGUAAGUGGCGGGACAGCAAGGGAGUGGAGGUGGACUGUGAGAAAAAUAACCCCAAAAGCAAAGCUUGGCUUGAUGCCUGCAGGUCACUGUGUUUGCUAGCUCUGUUCAGCGCCCUGAUAUCGGUGAUCAUCGCCUGCGUCGGGCUGAAGACGGAAAACUUCCAGUGGAAAUACCACUACUACAAGGCCUCCAUGGUCAUCAUGUUUAUUGCAGUUACAUUUGAGGUGAUAGCCUUGAUUAUUUUCCCUGUGAAGUUCUUGGAGGAAGUGGAUGAGCGCCCAUACAAGAAGUGGGAGUUUGGCUGGGCGUACGGCAUCGGCUGGGGUUCGGCCAUCUUCAUGUUUGGGUGCGCCAUCCUUCUACUGCUGGAUCGGGACAGCGAGGAAGUCGUGUACAGAGAAAAGACUAUUUAUCAAAGAGAACCCGAACCUGAGGAGAUUUAGACUCCGAUGAUGAUUUUCUUCCCCACUUUAAACCCAUUCGUCUUUCCGAAUUUUCCACAGACAAACGUGUGUGUGUGUGCAUGUGUCAUUCUAAUUUCGUCGGGUAAUUUUACGGACUUUUGUCGUCACAUUCGAAACACUUUGGCCGUUUACGGAUUUUGCUUAUCAAUGUAAUUUUAAUUACUUCAGGUGAUUCCGAAGUUCAUUGAAAACUCGUCAGCCAUUUAGUAUAAAAGUUAAUGAUUUUAGUCUAAAAUAUCAACCAGUCUUGGUGGCGUCAUGGUUAAGCCAUCAGAAAUAAGGCUGGUAGGUACUGGGUUCGCAGUCCGGUACCAGCUCCUACCCAGAGCGAGUUUUAACGACUUAAUGAGUAGAUAUAAGACCACAACAUCCUCUUCUUUCUCACUACCCAUUAACCCACUGUCCUGGACAGACAGCCCAGAUAGUUGGUAUGUGUUCCCAGGACAGCGUGCUUGGAUAUAAGUGCGAAAAUAAGUAUAAAUCUAAAAUAUUUCAUUUGCACAGAUACUUCAGUAAAGCGGUGUUCUUAUUAUAUGAUUAGUCGCCCAGUGGUAAAGUGCUCGACUGGUGCGCGAUCGAUCUAGGUUCGAUUCCUGUCAGUGAGCCCAUUGGGCCAUUUCUCGUUGCAGCCAGUGCACCAUGACUGGUAUAU